AAUAAAUACAAAUUAAAAUAAAAUAAAAAUAAAUUUUUUUAAAUAUUCACCCUUUUCCAUAACUCCUUAAGAAAACACUUGAAAAAAAAUUUUUUGGUCUUGUUAUAAGUGAAUAGUUAUACUAAAUCAAAUCACAUUGAACAAUUUUUUAAAAAUAUUUUAUGGAAAAGUUAAACCAUAAAUAACAAUAUGCAAACGGAUAACGAAGAAGUAUGGGGCGAUUUAGCAAAUAUUCCAGCUGAUCCACCUAAAAUGAGAAAUAAAUGUGAAAAUUGCAAACGCCCAAUGAGUGUAUGUUGGUGUUCUGCACUACCCGAAGAACCUUUAACACCGAACAGUCGAAUAAUAUUGUUACAACAUCCUGCUGAAGAAAAACGAUGUUUACGUACAGCACCCAUGCUAUCGUUAGCAUUAUCCGAAGGAAAAUGUUUAAUUUACAAGGGAAAAAAAUUCCCACAACAAUCGAAAAGUUUAGAAGAAAUUUUAACUGCAUCGAACACAGUAUUAUUUUAUCCAUCAAAAUCGGCCGUUGAUUUAAAUUCAUUUAUAGAAAAUAAUACUGAUUCAAAGCAUAAAUUUUAUAAUAUUAUUUUAAUAGAUGGUACAUGGCCUCAAGCAAAAGCGAUUUAUGCUAGUAGUCCAUUGUUGCAUCAAAUUAAACAAGUGAAACUACUUACAUCGAACGUAAGUAGCUAUGUAAUUCGUACACAACCGACAGAUGGUUGUUUAAGUACGUUAGAAACAGCUGCCGAAGCUUUGACAAUAUUUGAAAAUACUGAUGAAUAUCGUGAUAUUUUAUUAAAACCUUUACAUAUGCUAUGUCAAUUUCAAUUACAAAAUGGUGCUGUAUGCCAUCAAAGUAAAGAAUUUCGAAUUAAAAAUAAUACAUAUCCAAAAUUAAUUGGGAAACGUUUAUGUAAAUUAUUAGAAACAACUAAACACGAUUCUACUGUAACAAAUAAUCAAGCGAAUAUAUUUAAUACUGACAGAUAA